UCGGUUUCGGCGCACAUUACGGAUUCGUGGCACAUACUGCAGAUUAUAGCCCCGAAUGCACCGAUGAAGAAAUGGCAGCGGAAUCGACCCGGAGAUUUACGAAAAGCCUCCUGAAGCCGGGAAGCGCAGCUGAGAUUCGGCAAACCGCAUCUAACGCUGUAAGGAAUGCUACUGUAACGCAAGAGAAGCCCAAAGUGAUCGACCCUCUGGACUAUGAGGCUGUGAUUUCAGAGCUUGAACCUGAGUUCAGAGACGAUCCUCUUCAAGAUCUCCUGCUAUUCCCAGACCUCGACUUCACUGUGUCCACUCUUCCUGUGGAGAGGAGAACGCUGAAGUCCACUGUGCCAGAGGGAGCCGACACACAUGCUGAAUGUCUGCUGGUCAGACAGGCCUGUCAAUAUUAUAACUCCCAGCUGCAUGUGAUCCAGUAUAAAUAUGAGGAGUAUGCAGGGGACUACCGCACACUGCCCAGGAAGCUGUGUAAAUCAGAGAAGUUGCCCUCUCACUCCUUUGAGCUCGACCAUGAAGAUGUGGACAAAGAUGAGGACACAACUUCUCUGUCAUCAUCUAAAGGAGGAGGUGGAGCAGGGAGUGGAGGUGCAGGGGGAAUCGGGGUGUUUAAGUCCGGCUGGCUCUAUAAAGGCAACUUUAACAGCACUGUCAACAACAGUAUCACCGUCCGGUCCUUCAAGCGAAGAUAUUUUCAGUUGACUCAGCUAACUGACAACUCUUACAUCAUGAACUUCUAUAAAGAUGAGAAGAUAUCAAAGGAACCUAAAGGCUGUAUAUUUCUGGACUCGUGCACCGGUGUGGUUCAGAAUAACCGCCUGAGGAAACACGCCUUUGAGUUGAAAAUGAACGAAGUGACAUAUUUUGUACUGGCUGCUGAGAACGAGCAAGACAUGGAUGAUUGGAUCAACACUCUCACACGCAUCCUGCAGAUCAGCCCUCCGGACGGCCCGGCUCUGGAUCGCAAGAGCGUGGACCUGAGCGACAGCAAACACGAGAUCACUGAUGUGUCAUCGAAUCAUGUCCCUGUUCAAAAACACGAGGAAACAACUGAAAAUGGCAUCCACCCUGAACUGGCCAAGUAUAUUUCUGAGACCGAGGAGUCAGCGAGAGCUGCCAGAGGAGAGGAAAGACUGAACCUGUUCUCUCUGGAUCCUGAUAUUCCUGUUUUGAGGAGCCCCAGGAUGGAGUUUGGAGACUCUGCUUCUGUCCAGCCGUUCGAGGAGAAACUCGGGAAGAGACUGAUGAUCUCCUGCGGCUCGCUCAAUCUCUCACUGCAGGGCUGCGUCAACGAGACCGAUGCUGAGCCAGUGACUAAUAUCGAGCCUUUCUUCGUGUCGGUUUCUCUGCUGGACAUCCGUGAGGGCAGGAAGGUUUCCGCUGACUUCCACAUGGACCUAAACCACGAGGUUGUGCGGCAGAUGCUCAGUAGCUCUGGUAGUGCAGGAGAUCAAGGCUCGGAUGGUGCUCCGCAGGAAAAUGGCCUCAGCUCGCCUGUAGAGAAGAAAAGCAAGGACUGCCAGUUGAGCCCAGAGCUGGAGAACUGGCUGCACUUCACCAGUCAGGCGAUCUUUUCCAUCACAAACCCGCACACAGACAUCGUGAUGGUGGCACGGGUGGAGAAAGUGCUGAUGGGAAAUAUUUCCAGCGGUGCAGAACCCUACAUUAAAAACACAGAUUCCAGCAAGACUGUCCAAAAGAUGCUGAAAUCCAACAAGCAAUUCUGUAGCAAACUUGGAAAGUACCGAAUGCCUUUUGCCUGGUCUGUAAGGUCAGUAUUUAAGGACAACCAGGGCACAGUGGACCGGGAAAGUCGCUUCUCUCCGCUCUUCAAACAGGAGAGCAACAAGAUUUCCACAGAAGACCUCAUCAAGCUCAUCACAGAGUACAGGAGGGCAGAGAAGGCCAGUAAACUCCAGAUCAUCCCUGGAAACCUUGAAAUAAACGUGGACUGUGUUCCCAUGGAAUGUCCCAACUGUGUGACGUCCUCGUGUGUGGCUCUGAGGCCGUUCCAGGACUGCGGUCUUCACGCUCCGACGGUGGAGGUGGACGAGUUCCUGCAGGACUCUUCUAAGUUUGCUCAGCCUUACAGAGUCUACAAGAAUCACAUCUACAUCUACCCCAAGCACCUCAAGUAUGACAGCCAGAAGAGCUUCGCAAAGGCUCGAAACAUUGCCGUUUACGUGGAGUUCAGAAGCUCUGAUGAAGAACAUGCCAAGCCACUUAAGUGCAUCUAUGGAAAGCCAGGAGGUCCGGUGUUUACCACGACUGCCUGUUCCACCGUUCUGCAUCACUCACAGAACCCAGACUUUUAUGAUGAGGUGAAGACUGAGCUGCCCACACAUCUUCAUGAGAAACACCAUUUACUCUUCUCCUUCUAUCAUGUGACCUGUGACAUCAAUGCCAAGACCAGCUCUAAGAAGAAAGAGGCUCUGGAGACUCCAGUGGGCUAUGCGUGGCUGCCUCUUCUGAAGGAUGGACGUGUUUCCUCUCAGGAUUUCAGUAUUCCAGUCUCGUGCACUUUGCCUGAUGGAUAUCUACACAUCAAAGAGCCUUCGUCCACCAAAAAUGGCUCGGAUGUGAAGUGGGUCGACGGGGGGAAGCCGAUCUUCAAAGUGUCCACUUUGGUGCUUUCUACAGUUUAUACUCAGGACCCCCAUCUAAACCGCUUCUUCCAGCAGUGCCAAAACCGAGAGGCAGACCUCUCUCAACCUCCUACCUCAAACUUCCUCAGCUGCCUUAAAGGCCUUCUGAGUAUGGAGAGGAUUCAUGUCAUAAUUCGCUUCCUUCCUGUUAUCUUCAACCAGCUCUUCAAAGUGCUCACCCAAAACGACACUGAUGAAGUGACCGCCAGCACCACCAGGGUCCUGGUCCACAUCUUAGCUAAGUGCCAUGAGGAGAACCUGGGCCACUGUUUGCACUCUUACAUAAAGUUUGUCUUUAAGACUGAAGCAUGUGGCUUCAGAACGGUUCACGAAGAGUUGGCCAAGGGCAUGACCUCUGACCUGAAGAGCAACGACCAGUCGGUCAUACGCAGUAUCCUGAAGUUCUCGUGGUUCUUUCUCGAGAUCAUAGUGAAGUCGAUGGCGCAGCAUCUGCUGGACUCAAAUAAGCUUACGCUUCCUCGACCGCAGCGAUUUCCUGGAUCUUUCCAGAGUCGAUUGGAGACCCUGAUCAUGACGAUGUCUGAUCACAUCUUCUGGAAGAAUAAAGAGCUGGCAGAGGAGACACGCAGCGCUAAUAUGGCCAUAGCGGCCUUUGUGAAGCGGUGCUUCACAUUCAUGGACAGAGGUUUCACCUUCAAACUGAUCAGUAACUACGUAAACAUGAUCACAGCCAGUGACAAUAAGACGCUGUGUGAGCUGAAGUUUGAGUUCAUUAGGGAAGUGUGUAACUAUGAGCACUAUGUCCCUCUGAGUCUUCCCAUCCCGUCUGCACGAAUCACAGACAAGGCAUCACCGGAAACCCAAAGUGCUCAGGUGGACUUUCCAGAGUAUAGUUUGACGGAAGAGUUCUGCAGGAAACAUUUUCUCACAGGACUGCUGUUGCGAGAGCUGGGGCUCGCUUUGCAAGACGAGCAAGCCCUGAGACACCUCGCCCUGGCCUGCCUGAAGAACCUCAUGGCUAAACAUUCAUUGGACUCCCGUUAUGCCAUAAAGGAGAAACAGGCACGGAUAGCCUCUCUGUACCUGCCUCUUUAUGGUCUGAUCCUUGACAACAUGCCUCGCUUCUUCCUCAGAGAUCUGUUUCCAAUCUGCCUGACGGCCAGCGACCAGGGUUCCAGAGAUGAUGUCAGUGUCGGAGUAGGUUUAGCAGGUCAGGUGACCCAUGUUUUACGCCAUGGGAACUCGAUGGAUGCGUCCUUCUCCAAGGAAGUGCUCAACUCCAUUACAGCCUUUUCGUCAUUGGCCGUAUCAACCGCUAACAAUGCAGACUCCAGAGGCUCUCUCAUCAGCAUCGAGUCGAACCCCAGCAACAGUGACCGCAACAGUGAGAAGAUUGAUGGAUGUGAAAAGUUUGCCAGGCCGCAGUCUCUCAUUGGGUUUGGUGCACGCUUUGACAAACUGGAUCAAGUGGAGACCAGAAGUCUGCUCAUAUGUUUCCUUCACAUCAUGAAGACCAUUUCAGAGGAGGUGCUGGUUUCAUACUGGCAUCGAGCCAUUCACCAGGAGAUCAGCGAUUUCUUCAAUAUCCUGGAACUAUGUCUCCAACACUUCCGGUUCCUUGGAAAGCGUCACAUUGCCAGGAAGCUAGCGGCCGCCGUUAAGCUGGCUCAGGCCACACAGAACAAUGGCACCCUGAAGGGGUCUAACGUGUCCUGCCAGUCUUCAGGGCUCCUACCCCAAUGGAUGCUCUCUGCUCAGGACGGACACAGACACGCCCGCUCACAGACCAUGCCCAUCAUCAGGGGGAAGAACGCCCUCACCAACCCCAAACUGCUGCACAUGAUGGAGACAGAUGGAAAUGCAUCUGAAGGAGAAAACGUCAGCCCCACAGAUAUUGAAGCCAAUCUUUCUACUGAAGUCGCUCUGACCGUGUUGGAUGUUCUGGAUCUGUUUGUUCAUCAUCACAAGAAACGGUUGCAGCACGAUGAAGGGCAAAACUCUCUGAUGAAAAAAGUGUUUGACACGUACCUGCUGUUCUUCCAGAUCAACCAGUCCACCAGCACCCUCAAACACGUCUUCACCGCUCUGCGCCUCUUCAUUCAGAAGUUCCCGUCCGUGUUUUUCCAGGGUAAAGCGGAUCUGUGUGGGAGUCUGUGUUAUGAGAUCCUGAAGUGCUGCAACCAUCGCUCCAGCUCCACACAGACCGAAGCCGCUGCGCUGCUCUACUUCCUCAUGAGGAGGAACUUUGAGUUUACAAAGAGCAAAUGCAUUGUCCGCUCACACCUGCAGGUGAUUAAAGCUGUGAGUCAGCUGAUCGCUGAUGCAGGUAUCGGUGGUUCACGCUUCCAGCAGUCUCUGGCCAUCAUCAACAACUUCGCCAAUGGAGACACGCCACUUAAAAACACAACGCUCCCGGCUGAGGUGAAGGACCUCACCAAGAGGAUACGCACCGUCCUGAUGGCCACCUCCCAAAUGAAAGAGCAUGAAAAGGACCCGGAGAUGUUGGUGGACCUGCAGUACAGCCUCGCCAACUCCUACGCCAGCACACCUGAGCUCAGACGCACCUGGCUAGAGAGCAUGGCCAAGAUCCACGUUAGAAACGGAGACCUGUCUGAGGCGGCCAUGUGCUAUAUCCACAUCUCAGCACUUAUAGCAGAGUCUCUGAGGAGGAGAGUGCUGCACUUCAUAAUGAAAAAUGCUCAUUCCUGCCACUUGCUUUAUUCCUUAUACUGUUACUGGAAGUCUGAGAAGGGUCGGAUCUCAAGUGUGAGCAAAGAGGGAGCCUGUGUAAUUAACUCUAGCCCCUUACUAACUCCCCACGAUGGAGAAACAUCGUUCAGUAUGGGCUGGGCCGCCUUCAUGAACAUCUCUCCUAAUGUGAAAGAAGAGGGAGCGAUGAAGGAGGACGCCGGCACUCAGGACACUCCGUACACUGAGGACACGCUGGUGGAGCAGCUGGAGAUGUGUGUGGAUUACCUCUGGAAAUCUGAGAGAUACGAGCUCAUCGCAGAGAUCAACAAGCCUGUUAUAGCUGUCUUCGAGAAGAGACGAGAUUUCAAGCGGUUAUCAGAGCUGUACUACGACAUUCACCGCUCGUACCUGAAGGUGACAGAGGUGGUGCACUCUGAGAAACGCCUGUUUGGACGCUACUAUCGUGUGGCUUUCUAUGGACAGGCAGUGGGCUUCUUUGAGGAAGAGGAGAGUAAGGAGUUUAUCUACAAGGAGCCGAAGCUCACAGGACUGUCCGAGAUUUCUCAAAGACUCCUCAAACUCUACUCAGACAAGUUUGGAGCUGAUAGCGUCAAGAUGAUCCAAGACUCCAACAAGGUGAAUCCUAAAGACCUGGACCCCAGAUUUGCCUACAUCCAGGUGACCUACGUAGUGCCUUAUUUUAAUGAGAAGGAACAGCUGGAGAAGAAGACUGACUUUGAGUGCCAUCACAACAUCAACCGCUUUGUCUUUGAGACGCCCUUCACGCUUUCUGGAAAAAAACAUGGAGACGUGGAGGAGCAGUGCAAAAGAAAAACCAUCCUGACCACGAGCUCCAGUUUUCCCUUCUUGAAGAAGCGUAUCGAGGUGGUGGAGCAGCAGAGCACAGAGAUGAACCCCAUCGAGGUGGCGAUUGACGAGAUGAGCCGCAAAGUGUCUGAGCUCAAUCAGCUGUGCGGCAUGGAGGAGGUGGACAUGAUCCGGCUGCAGCUCAAACUACAGGGCAGCGUCAGCGUGAAGGUAAAUGCUGGGCCCAUGGCCUACGCCCGAGCCUUCCUUGAGGAGAAGAAUGCCAAGAAAUACCCAGACAACCAAGUCAAACUCCUGAAAGAGAUCUUCAGGCAGUUUGCAGACGCGUGUGGUCAGGCCUUGAAGGUGAAUGAGCGUCUCAUAAAAGAAGAUCAGCUGGAGUAUCAGGAGGAGAUGAAAGCUCACCAUAAAGACAUGCUGACCGAGCUCUCCGCCAUCAUGAACGAGCAGAUCCCGUACACAAGACAACCCGGAACAGAACGGCAUAGUGCCAUCUGAGCUGCUAGUGAGUUUGAGAAACUGCUCACAGACGUUUUUAUCCAGCAUGGCUUGUGGGUUUUUCUGACUAGAGGGAGUAAAAAAAAAUGUUGAUUUUAAUGAAAUCGAAAUAGACAAAAAGGAAAAGAAUUGCAGUUUUGUGGACGAAGCAGUAUGCCGUGUCUUUGCCUGUGUACCACACACACUCACUCACUCUCUCUCUCUCUCUCUCUCUCUCACACACACACACACAAACUCACUCACUCACGCACUCUCUC